GCCAAUGUCUGAGGGGUUUGUUCGGUCAAUCAAAUGUGAAGCUCAUAAAACCAGAAUGUCGAGGAAGAAGAGGAGAAAGCUCGAAUCAGAUUGUCUUGAAGUUUCACUUGCAUCACCCAAGAGAGGAAGGAAAUCUAAUGCAUCAAUGAGUCUGAGAGGAGAUUUAAAUGCUGAUUCUUUAACCCCAGUGAGGCAAUCUAGUAAAAGGGUAAGCGAGGAGGCUGCUUCUUCCUCUCAUCAGACACCUCGAACUAUCUUGUCUUGGUUGAUUGACAAUAAUGUGGUUUUACCAAGAGCAAAAGUUCACUACUGCAGUAGCAAAAAUGGUCCUCGAAUUGCAGAAGGACGAAUAUCUCGCGAAGGGAUCAAAUGUAGUUGCUGCGGGGGAAUUUUCACACUUGGUAACUUUGAAGCACAUGUUGGCAGUUCUGAUCGUAGACCUUCCGCAAAUAUAUAUUUGGAGGAUGGUAUGUCUUUGCUUGAGUGCCAGUUGCAACUGAAACUACGUUAUAUCAGUCGAAAUUCAAGGUUAGAACGUCAACCGAAGGCUGCCCAACAUCAUAGAAAAAGUGACGACAUAUGUUCUGUCUGUCACUACGGAGGUGAUUUACUUUUGUGUGACCUGUGUCCAUCCUCGUUUCAUACUCAGUGCGUUGGUUUAAAGGAGGUUCCAGAGGGUGAUUGGUUCUGCCCGUCCUGCUGUUGUCAGAUUUGCAACAAGAGCAGAUCCGAUUCAGGAAAUAAACUAGCCAAAGACACUUCGUUUUUGACCUGUUGUCAGUGUGAGCGACGAUAUCACGCUGAAUGCCUCACAAAUGAAGGAGAUACACAAUGUCGUUCAAAAGGUGACUUGUUCUGCCAAGAUACAUGUCGACAGAUAUUUGAUGGUCUGAACGGGAUUCUGGGGAAAAAGAUUCCUGUGGGAACUGAAAAUAUGACUUGGACUUUAGUGAAGUACAUGGAAUCAAAUAUUUCUAAGAAUGUUGCAACAUAUGAUGAUGAGAGUUCGGUGGAGAAUUACAGCAAGCUUAAUGUUGCCCUCAGCGUGAUGCAUGAAUGUUUUGAACCUGUCAAAGAGCCUAGGACCAGGAGGGAUCUAAUGGAAGACAUUAUCUUUAAUCGAAGGUCAGAUCUCAACCGUUUGAACUUUCAAGGAUUUUAUACAGUAAUAUUGGAAAAGAAUGACGAAUUGAUCUCAGCCGCUUCCGUGAGGAUAUAUGGCAAAACAGUUGCAGAAGUCCCUCUGGUCGCCACACGGUUUCAAUAUCGUCGACUUGGGAUGUGUAGAAUUCUGAUGAAUGAACUUGAGAAGCAACUCGCACAAUUGGGAGUCGAGAGGCUUCUUUUGCCUGCUGUUCCUAGUGUUUUGAACACUUGGAUCUCUUCAUUUGGGUUCUCCAUGAUGGAUGAAUCAGAGAGAUUAAAUUUUCUGGUCUAUACUUUCCUCGACUUCCAGGGUACGAUAUUUUGCCAGAAAAUGUUGAAGAGUGAUCUACCUGCAGAAAACCAAACAACUGGUUGUGACCAUAUAGAUAACAAUGCCGACAUUGGGGUUGGUGGAAUCAGCCCUUUAUCUGAAGUUCUGGAAGGGAAACAAGUAGUGGAGACUGACAUCAUGGAGCAGGAAUCGGCAUGCAACAAAACAAUGGCCUACAAUGGCAAUGCCGGUUGCUCCUCUGCUGAAAAAGCCAUUGCGGUGGUGAAUCAACCAACUGCCCUGGACUACUCGUCUCUCCAACCCGCCCUUGGUUAUCCUCUACUAGCCACGAGCAAUGGGAGACAAUCUGGAAGCACCAAGGUCAUCUUAAAAUACUACAAGCGAAAGAAGAUAUCCGCUUGCUGAGGGUGGUAGUCUCCUUAUUAACAUAUCAGACCUUCCUGUAGUACUAUCAAGCUACUCAUGAACCUCUCAACUUUGGAAGUGAGCUGGAAGGAAGAUGACGUAACUGAAAAUACACCGACAUGGCCCAUGAUCGUCUUUUUGUACAGAUUACGCUACUAGCUAAUCACAUCUAACAUUCUGCUGAGUUUUCAAUGUCUCCAGCAGAGUUUUUGAAACUAUCCCUGGGUGCUUUUGCAUUAUUAUAUAUAUCAUUCACAGUUUUCUCUUGUUUUCGACUAAUGUUUUUGCUCCUUUUAUCCUCAGGUUCCUCUUUGUAUUUAUCAUUCCAGCAGCUAAGGAUAUAUUAUGUGGACCUUUAUCCACAUAUUGAGGCCACAUGGAGAUCGGAUGCUAAAUUGGCUGCUAUCAUUGAAGAACUGAAACAGAAUCACUAAGUCUAAAUUUACUUGGCUUGGUAAUCAACUUCUUAGAAAAGAAAGGUUGGUAAUUGGGAAUGAUGAAGGCAUGAGAAGACAAAUUAUUAAGGCUUUCCACUGUUCAAGUAAAGGAGGAUAUUCUGGGGUCCUAGCUACUUACAAGAGGUUGUACUCACUUUUUUAUUGGACUGAGAUGGAGAAAUCACCAGAGAGUGUGAUGUUUGUCGGAGGAAUAGAUACGAUCACAGUGUAUGUAUGAGGGUUAGCCCUUACCUAUACACGAGGGAGCUUGGUCACAGGUGAGUCAAGACUUAAUUGAAGAAAUGCCAUUGUCUUAUGGGAUAUUGAUAAGGC